AUGGCGGGCAGCCCCCCGGACGCCUGGCCCCAGGGCCUCCUGACUUUUGAGGACGUGGCUGUGCACUUCACCCAGGAAGAAGGGGCGCGUCUGGACGCUGGGCAGAGGACCCUGUAUAGAGACGUGAUGCUGGAGACUUACAGGAACCUGGUCUCUCUGGAGGUUCCAGGAUCCAAACCAGAUCUGAUCUCCCAACUGGAGCAGGGAAGGGAGCCCUGGGGCUCAGACCUGCUGGGGGCCCAGGAAGCAGAGACUGUGGGAGAUGCCAGCAUAGAUUCCACCCAGGGGUCUUUGUGUAAACAUGUGACUGCAAGGGUGAAGAUGACUCCAGCUGCAGAGCCUCCAGGAGGAGCAUCUGGAAGCCUCUCCAGGGGUGAGCCUCCAAAACCGGUCUGCAAAGAAGCCCCUGGGCAGGAGGGCAGGCUAGAGAGCCUGGAGAACUUCCUUAUCCAGGAGAGACCAUCACAUGGAACCUUCUGGACCAUCUCCAAAGGAGAAGGGGCCCAGAAAAGCAGUAAAUGGGGACCCGACCUUUUCUGUAGCCGCGAGACAAACGCUAAAGGGCAGACAGCCCACACGUGCGAAAUGUGCACCAAGACCUUCCGAUACCUCUCGCGCCUGGUGAGACACCAGGCCACGCACAGCGGCGAGAAGCCGCACGCGUGCGGGCAUUGCGGCCGCGCCUUCACGCGGCUCUCCACGCUGCACCGCCACCAGCGCGUCCACAGCGGGGAGAAGCCUUUCGGGUGCCAGUGGUGCGGAAAGCCUUUCAGUUAUAGUACUCUCCUUGCCCAGCACCAGCGGAUCCACACACGAGAGAGGCCGUUCCGGUGCUCAAAGUACGGGAAGAGCUUCAUCUGGAAGUCCAGCUUUCGGACUCAUCAGAAAUCGCACCUGUGCAGCCAGGUGGUGUGGAUCUCUGUAAGCUAA